AAACACAAGUGAAAACAAUACCUCCGCCUUAGCGAAGGCGGAGGUAAUAAUCGGUUUAUGACGAUAUGAAUAUUUUCAAGAUGUUUUGUUCGUUAACAAAUUGUCUAUUUGAAAUGCAACAGAAAAUUCCUGUUUGCGUUAAACUUUUCUUGUAAUGUAUUUGCUUCAAAGCUGUCAUGGGUUCGAACUGAAUAGCAAUUCUUUUCUUGAUUCAAUCAUUGGACUGCAGCCAUGCUCGAGCAUCACCUUGAGCGGUUUAACCGAACAAGUUUGCUUUAGUGGCUGGCAAUCUUUCUAUCGAAACCUUUUACCGAACAGCUAAGUCACGGAGUCGUAAACAAACCAACGCCAUGAGGAGUCAAAGAAAUGCGAACGCGCUCAUAUAAAUAUGCAUCUUUGCAUACAUACGACGGGCUUUCACGAAGUUUCCAUCUACCAGAUUCACUCACAAGGCAUUGGACGGCCUGGUCCAAACCACGUAGACGUGAAACGAACUUCUUAACCAUCCAGCCAAACCUGCACCUAAAAAUCUAUUAUGACCCUGGAGUGAUUUGAGCAUGCAGCCUUUUGAUAAGGAGUCAGAUGCGCUACCGUUGCUUCACAUUGCACAGUCUGAAAUUCACCAACGCUCCCGUUUGGAAUACAUUCAGCAGAAGAUACCUUUAUGUAUUUAGUUUGUUGUUUAUAAAUCAUGGCAGCUACAGAACCAAGACAAUGGGAAAUCCAUCUCCCGAUGCCAUCAAAACGUGUAUUUGCAACUCCUGUUAUUCUUAAUGACAAGUUAUACGUUAUUGGAGGUUGUGAUAUGCGUGGCAAGCCACUAGCUAACUUUGAGAUGUAUGAUUUGAAAGCCAAUACAUGGACAGCCCUCCCUGGCAUUCCAACUAAAAGAGCAGGUGCUGCCGCGGUCGCUGUUGGAAAGAAAAUCAUUGUGCUUGGUGGUGUUUCUGAAACUCAAAAGCCUCUUGAUUCAGUUGAGAUCUUUGAUACUGAUACAAAUGAAUGGACAGUUGGAGAGAGCAUGAGGGAAAGCUUGCUUGGAGUUCCAGCAACUGUUCACGAUGGUAAUGUAAUUGUCGUUGGCGGUAUGGCAGCAGAUGGGAACCCUCGUAACUAUUUCAUGUCUUACGAUGUGGAGAAAAAUGUCUGGAAAAGCUUACCACCGAUGCCCACCGAACGCUAUGCAACUUUCUCAUUUCUUAUAGAUAACCAGCUCUAUGUAAUCGGUGGACGGCAAGGUAAACUUCCAGUCGAUGUCUUUGAAAAGUUUGACUUCUCUUCGAAUGAAUGGGAAACUUUACCAAAUAUCCCCUCAAAGCGAGUCUUUGCUAUGUAUGUUACUGAUGACAUGCAUAUUUUCAGUGUUGGAGGAUUAAAUCAAAAAGCAGAGGACGGAUUCUCAAAUAUCUUGGAAUGUUAUAACAUUGUAGAAAAUAGUUGGGUGACCUGUCCGCCAAUGCCUACUAAACGAGGGGAUUUUGCAAUUGGUAUGAUUGCUGGAAAAAUUGUAUGUGCUGGAGGAUUUGGAAAUUUGGGUCGACCUUUGAGUGUUGUGGAAUGUUAUGACCCUACAAGCGGCACCUGGUCGACUCUCUCAGAUAUUCCAAGCUCACAUAGCUCGUGUGCUUAUACGAUGUACGACGGACGGCUUUAUAUCAUUGGUGGCUUGUCUUUACAAGGUAACAGUGGGUGUAUGGAGUCCAUUGGACUUAAUUAAUUGGGAACGCAUUUUAUUUAAUUACUCUCUGCUGCAUACAAUGAUCCAACAAACGGACUUAGUUCUUAAAACGGUUUCACCGAUGCAUUUGCAUUAAGUAAGUUUUUAUUAUUUUUAAAAUUUUGUGCAAUAUCAACUUUUGUACUGUACUAUAUUAACGAAUAAUGCACAUCUUUAAUUAAGUCACAUCCACAC